AAAAUAACACUUUUUCCAACAAAAUAAAAUAAAAUAAAAUUUCCACUGAAAGCGAAAACCCAAAAAAUCCACAGCUGUAAAAUCCAUGUCCUGUAGCGCCAACCGAUCUCAUCCCUCCAUAUCUGGUGGGGUUAAAAUUUGUCUCUGGAUUUUUCGCUGUGCGGGUUCUUUGCUCUCCAUCCCAAAUCUCUCCCUGCUCUGUUUUUUUAAGGUCCUGUCCUUUCUUUCUCCAAAUUUUUAUAAAAUAUUUAUUUUGAUUUUACAACUCCCAAAUGGAGGUUUCAAGUUAUUCCCUUUUACUUGAUCCUCUGCCAUUUUUCUCAUUUGUCCAUCCAAACAAGCAUCCAUCGACAUCCACAUUCACGUUCCAUCACCUAAAAAUUCCCAAUAUUUUGAUGCUCCUCCAGAAGCAUAUCAAACUUAUAUAUUAUAGGGUUUCUGCCCCUGUUUUCUUUUUUCACUUCAAUUUUUCCUUCUUAAAUUUUCACAGCCCAUUUCAUUAUUUAGUCCCUCUCUCACCUCCAAAAGCUUCAUCUCAAUUUCCACUUUAAUGGGUUGCUUCCACUUUUACUCGAUUUCCCUUGUGUUUCUCUUGAUUCUGUGCCCAACCCAUUUCAGAUUUUGUACCCAAAUGGCUGAAAGCAGAGAAAUUCACAACAAAGUUGCCAUUUCCCAGACAGGGAAUGAAGAGAGUAAAGUGAAUCUGAGAGGGCAGGUAGGUUCGAGGCCUCCAAGGUGUGAGAGAAGGUGCAGCUCCUGCGGCCACUGUGAGGCAAUUCAAGUGCCUGCAACUCCCCAAGCAAAUGCAAAACCAAGCAGCAAAAACCCCUCCAAAGUUGUAUCCGGCAUUGCUUAUGCCAGAGGUGAUGAGAACUCCAGCAACUACAAGCCCAUGAGUUGGAAAUGCAAAUGUGGCAGCUACAUCUUCAAUCCCUAAUCAUGAUUAAAAUGUUAAUUAAUUAAUUAAGGUUUAAGUGGAGGAGGAGCUUACCCAUUGUUGGAUCCUGUAAAUGGAUGAAAAAUCAUAGGAUGCUAAUUCCAAAAAACGAAUUUAAAUAUUUGUUCCUUAAUUAUUCCGUGCAGUCUUGCUAGUUAGGCCCUAAUGUAAUUUAUGUAAUUUCACUACCCCUGUUUUUGUCAAGUCUUAACAUCUUUGUAAGCUAAUUGAUUAGCAUAAUAAAAAAUACAUAAUAAUGUAAGUACGAUUGUUUGGCAGCUUGGACCCUGAUUUUCUUG